AUGUCUAUAAUUCCAAGCAUCUUCUCCGCAUUGGUGAACACUCGCGUUGAUUGGAAGGAGACACCAGAGGCACAUGUGUUCAAGGCAGACCUUCCAGGGAUCAAGAAAGACGAAGUAAAGGUCGAAAUCGAAGACGAUAGGGUCUUACAGAUCAGCGGAGAGAGGAAUGUGGAGGAGGAGGACAAGAAUGACAGGUGGCAUAGGGUGGAGCACAGCGGCGGCAAGUUCAUGAGGAGGUUCCGGCUACCGGAAAAUGUCAGGACCGAUCAAAUCAUGGCUUCCAUGGAAAAUGGAAUACUCGCCGUUACUGUUCCCAAGGAGGAAUGUAAGAAAGCUGAGGAAAAGUCUUUGUUAGUGUUCUGUACUAGUGGGGGUAAUAAGUUUCAUGUAGUAAUAGUCUUUUUGGCACUGUUAUUUUUGAGUUCACGUGAAUUUGAGUUUCAUUUGUAA